AUGCGAUACGAGGGUAGGAAGUCCAUAUCUUGUGAUCCUGAUAGGCCUGCAUUUCUUGGUGACGUUCCCAUAACCUUUAAUGAUGCAUUGAAUAAAAAAAAGAGAUGGUCAAUUGGACUUCUUGAGGUGGGGCUCUCCGAAUAUAGCCCAGCAGCCUAUGGUGUUAGAGCAAUUGGUCUUUUGAUGGGACUUGCUUAUGCACAGUAUCAUUUUGGCCCAUUUGUUCCUUUCCAAUCACCACAUACGCUUUCCUCCCUCAGCGAGCCCUUCUCAACAAAGUUUAUACAUUCCCAAAGAAUUCUAGUCAGGGUCACUGAAGCUGUUACAGGCCCAAGUGUGGCCUCCCUUGAAUUUCACACGCUUGUGCAGAAAUAG